AUGCCACAAGCUGAUGCCCUACGAACUGAGCCACACCCACUCGGAUUAUUCAAGGAGCCUUUGCUGGCUGUACUGUGUUGUUCCCCUGAUAAAACAGUUGCAGAAGCAAUUUCAUUAUUGAAAAAUCUUUUGGUAUUCCUGUGGUUGAUCAAUGCAAAGCGGUUCAGAGUUGCCGCUGCAAUUGGUACUGGUAAAAAGGAUGGUAUAGAAAGAUGUGAAACUAUGGUCAGAGAAGAGAUUGACGUAAUUGAUGUUGAUGCAGGUGUUGAUGCAAUGAAGAUUAGAAUGGAACCUAGAUCAACAUGCACAACAAGUAGUGGGUCAGCAGCAGCAGCAGCAGCAGCAGCAGCAGCAGCAGCAGCAGCAGCAGCAGCAGCAGCAGCAGCAGCAGCAGCAGCAGCAGCAGCAGCAGCAGCAGUACUGAUGAUCUCUAUGUCAUCAGCAAGUGUUGCUAUGAAGCGGUUCAGAGUUGCCGCUGCAAUUGGUACUGGUAAAAAGGAUGGUAUAGAAAGAUGUGAAACUAUGGUCAGAGAAGAGAUUGACGUAAUUGAUGUUGAUGCAGGUGUUGAUGCAAUGAAGAUUAGAAUGGAACCUAGAUCAACAUGCACAACAAGUAGUGGGUGUAAGUGUGUCACAAUUUUCUGUAAUUCAAAACGUUACAAAAACAUGUAA